GGCCGUCACAAUCCACUGCACGCUGCGGCCGACGAAGGCCACGAACACCGUGGUGUAGUGGGCGAGGAGCAGCAGGUUCCUGCCCAGCUGCCUGCCCUGGUUGAUGAUGAGAGCAACCCGCUGGUCUCGUGCGGCCAUGUUUGUCUUCGGUGUUGACACGAGGAUCUCGGCUCAGGAUACACACCCAGCCGGAGCUACUUCAACACAGCUCCGCUCCCAUCCUGGGCAGAGGAUGUCUGGUCACGGGUGACAGGAAGAACUUCCUGGAAGCUGAGCAAAAAAGGCACAUUUAUAAUUCAGUUUGAGGCAAACAUUUUCUCUGGAUAACUCUCCACGGAGAUUCCAAUUUAUUAAAAAAAAAGUUUUUAGAUUCGCCUGCUUCACAACAAACCGGACUGUUUUUUACAGCAAGGGCUCAUUUUGCCUUUUUGCGCCUGCGCGUUGCAGACAGUCCCUCGCCAGCCGUCCAAUCAGCGCGCAGGAAGUUUUGUUUCCGGGAAUGUUUGGUGAUGUGGCUCUGCUCUGAACCCCAAGCGAGGAAAUACAUGAGCCGAGACUCCGCAAUAUUUACCUGGAGAGCCGCGCCACAGUGUCAUCUCCAUGUUCAGCCGCUUGGCCACAGUCCUCCAGGAGCUGUCUGGAGAGGAAGGGGCGGAUGGAGACUCACAGGGAGUGUUGGCGCCUGCGCUGCCUGAAGGGGAGGCUCAGAGUGCCGCUCUCUCCGAGGCCCCAGAUGAGGCCAUGGAGCGGCUGGCUCAUCUGGAGCAGCUGGUGGUGCGACUGAAGGAGAUGGUCCGGGACAAGGACUCGGACCUGCUGCAGAAGAGCGCGGAGUUGGCGGAUAAAGAUGCUCAGCUUAAGAGUGAAAAGGAAGCGGCUGAGGCUCGCUUCACUAAACUCAAGCUGCAGGCCAAAGCCAAGAUGGCCGCUCUCAACAAACAGAUCAGUGAUUUGAAAGGACAGGAAGGAGCCACGAGUCCUGACAGCUCCUUUACAAAACCCCCUGCUGAUGAGGAGCUGCUGGAGCUCCAGAGCAGGUUGAGCAAGGAGGUGGCUGAGAGUAGUGAGCUGAGAGAGCGGCUGCAGGCUGCGGAGCUCCUUCUACAGGACAGAGAAGCAGCGCAUGCGGAGCAGGUGCGGCUGCUUCAGGCUGUGGUCUGUGAGAAGGACGUGCGUUUCCAGGAGCAGAUCCAGAAACAUGAGGAGGAGUUGCUGAAAGCCACAAAUGCCUCCUCAGAUUCCAGUGACCUGCAGCAGGCGCUGCAGUUAGCCCAGCGUCGCUGUGAGGAGUUGGAGGAGGCACUGGUCUCUCGCUCCGGAGUUCUUGAGAUGCUGCAGCAGGAGGUCACCAGUGCUGACCAACAGAAACAGAUCUUGACCGCUCAGUUCCGGCAGAUGGAGCAGGAGUUGGCUGAAGCGGUCAGGCUGAGGGGGGAGCAGAGCCAGCAGGCCAGCAGAGCAGAGGCAGAGUUGACUGUGCUCCGCAGCAGCUUGGAGUCUCUGCAGCAGGAAAGGGCAGAUGAAGGGAGGCAGGAAGCUGAGCUGGCUGCGCUCCGAGAGGCUGAGCGCUACAGCCUGGAGGCUCUGGAGAAGGAGAGGAUGGAAGUUGCCAGGUUGGCGAGUGAGUUAUCGGCGAUGAGGGCAGCAGAGCUUGCCCACCAGGAGGCCUCAGAGAGGGACGCGUCAAGCAUCUCAAGUCUGGAAAACCAGCUUGCUGCUUUCAGAGAGGCCGAGUCGGCUGCAGAGCGAGAGAGAGACGCCGGCCGUCGCGACUUGGAGAUGGCCAAGUCUGAAAUAGAGAAUUUAACAGGAGAGCUGGCUUCCCUCAGGGACGUGCAGGUGGAAGCCCAGAACAAGACCGAACUCAUGGAGGAGAUGUGGAGAUGUUUGGAGAGCCUCGGGGAAGAGGAAGCGUCAGCACUUCCAAGUGACCUGUCAGAUGUUCUUGACAUGGUGAAGUCUGUUGAGGCUAAAAUGAGCCAACUGAAGGACAGGCUCCGUGAAAGUGAGGGUGGAUUGACUCUGCACAUCCACACUGUGGCAACUCUUCAGGAACAACUUGAGCAAGUCUCUUCUGAAAAAGAGGAGGCCUUUGACAAGAUACAGCAGCUGGAGCAGCAAAUUCAAACGAUCACUGAAAUACAAGUGUCUGAACAACCAGCCCACGACUCUGCCCAGAUGGAAGAAGCACAACUAUCAGCAAAGGAGCCUGAAGAUCUAGGAAAGGUCCAAGAGACGGAGGCUGUGGGAGAAUCAUUCCAACUGACUGAAGAGCAGAGCUCCUCUGAGGUCAAACCUGACCACAGUCCAGACCAGCACGAUGGAACCACAAGCCAUGACGCUUCCUCAGAUUUAGCCGAGGGUCAGGAAGACUCUCCAGAAGAGGAGACCACUCUGGUGGCUGAGGAUAGCUUGGUUCUGUCCAGUCCCUUGGACCACGAGAGCAGCCCAGAACUCAUUGGCCCCCAGUCAGAGUCCCCUGAAGAGUCCAAAGCCACAUCCUCGGACGAGAUGGUGGCCAGCACUGACUCGGAGGUGGCUCACAGCAGUUGGACCAUCCUGGAAGCUGUCAAUCAGGACAGCAGCCAAGAGUGGCCGUCCAUGUUGCAGGACUUUGGCCCACUGCAGCUGCAGACCUGGGAGGAGACUAGUGUGGAUCAGGAAACAUCCACUGUUCAAGUGGAGUCAUCUACUGUCGUCAUCAGGGAGAGCAUUCAUGUUCAGCUGACUCAACAGAGGGAUUCCAGUGUGGAGCCCUCGGGCCAGGCCUUCGCUCAGCUCUUAGCUGAGGAGCUGCAGAAGAGAUACAGUGAGCUGUUGUCUGAACUAAAGGACCUCAGAAAGGCGGCAGCAGAGUCCCAGGAGAAAAUAAAGAGCCUCUCAGAGGAGACUGCAGCUCUUACUUCUGAGAAAGAAGAGCUAAGAACCCGAGCAGACAAGUACGUGGAGGAGCUGGAGUCUGCCAGGGAGUCAGUCGAGAUGCUCUCCCAACACAGCAGCUCUUUAGUCGAGAAGCAUCUGGUUGAGAUGCAGCUCCUGGAAGAGCAGAUUGAGAUUCUUAGCGGCGAAAAGGAAGCAAAAGAACAGCAGCUCCUGAGCCUGAGGACAGAGCUGGAUGCAGCUCAUCAGUCUCUGGCUGAGCAGGAAAGUCAGGCUCGAUUGCUCAGUGUUCAGCUGGAGGACAGGGAGAUGCUCUCCUCAGAGCUGGAGAAGAAGCUUCAGGAUUUAGAGGAGAACAUGCUCGGACUCUCCCAGACAUCGGAGUUGAACAACGAGACCUUGUCGAAGAAGGACGCCGAGAUCAGUGAGCUGCAGCAGAGCCUGAGCCAGAAAGAGCAGGAGAUCUUGGAGCUGAACGACAGCAUGUCUGCAAAGCUGCUCCAUGCGGAAGAAGAGAAGUUUGUCAGUGACAGCGAAGUCAAAAAACUCAAGGAACAGAUUGUUGCACUUGAGAUGCAGAAGGUGAGUGUGGAGGACACGCAGGUGGACGAGGAAGUGGCGAGUCUGAGGAAGCUGAAGGAGGAGCUGGAAGGGCAGCUCACUACCACAAAGAAGAAGUUACAGGUUUUGCUGGUACAACGGAAGGAGCUUUUGAAGAAGGUGGCUAACUAUGAAGAAGCUAUAGUUCUCAAAGAGAGAGAUACAAACCCAGCUGCAGAUGUGCCAGUUGAUGUCUCGGCAGGAGAGGGAGCUCAGGUGGUAAAAGAGAUGGAGACGAAGCUGGUGGAGUUGGAGCAAACUGUGAGAUCGAAAGAGGUGGAGCUGAAGGAGCUUGCGCAGAAAGUUGGUGAGCAAGAGAAAAUAAUUUCGGAGACUCUUGCAUUAAAUAGAAAGCUGAGUGAAGAAGCUGAUAACAAGGAAGCUGCAUCUUCUGAAGUUGGUUUGUUGCAAAGUCAGGUGGCUUCUCUCCAAGCUGAAUGUGAAAGCCUUCAGAAGAGAGUCGCUGAGGCCCAGGAGUCCCGAAAAGAGACCAUUCGCAAAGCCAAAGAGAAAGAUCGGCACCACCGGGAGCAGCUGAAGCAGCAGAAGGAGGAGUACAGUGAGCUGAUGGAGCGCUUUGAGGUUCAGACUGGCGAGCGAGAUGUUCUCCUGAUCAAGUUAAAGGAAUCAGAGGAGACAAGAGGCUCCAGGGGAGAAGAUCAGCCUCUGCUAGACAACAAGCCGCUGGAGAAACCUGCUGAAAGUGUGCAGGAGGACUGGGUUGAUUUUGCAGCUUCUGAAGAGUCUUCACAAACACCGGAUCCCGCAGGUCCAGAGGAGCAUGUGAAGGUUCUGAAAGAGGAGAUCAACGCUCUGCAGAUGGUGAACACAGAGCUGGAGGAGCGACUGCAGCAAACUCAGGGCAGCUUGUCGCUGAAGGAGAGCCAGUUGCUGGAACUUGGCAAAGAACUGAAGGCCCUGAAGGAGAACGAAAGACAGAUGGAGUCACUUUCAAAGGAAAUCGAUGACCUGAGAGAGAAGUGCUCCCGAGCAGAGUCCUACACCGAGGCCUUACAGGCCGAAGUCAAGGCCACGAGUGAGGCGGCGUCUUCAGAGUCGGCCGCCACCAUCGCCGCACUUCAGACUGAAGUGGUUGACGUCAAGCUGUUUAUGGACAAUAAGAACCAGGAGAUCCUGGAGCUGAGUCAGCAGCUGACUGAGCAGAACGCUCUCAUUCACUCCAUGCAAAGUGCUGUCUCGCAUAAGGACGAGCUCAUAGCAUCGCUGGAGAGCCAGCUCAGUGCUGAGAAAGAGAGGAGCCAAAUGUUAGAGGUUCAAGUUCCUCUCAAACAGGAGGAGGAAAACGAUAAUGAGCAGAAGCUUCAGCAACUCCAACGGAAGCUCCAGGCUGCGCUCAUCUCCCGUAAAGAUGCAAUAAAGGAGAACAAAACCCUCAAGGAGCAACUUGCUCUGAGUGAAAGUGCCGUGGCUGAACUCAAGAUGAAACUGCAGGAGGCAGAAGAAGACAUGGAGAAACUAAGAACGGAGAAGAUGCGACUGAUCGAGGAGGUUGACCGGAUGCUGCUGGAGAACCAAAGCCUGGGAUCCUCUUGUGAGAGCCUGAAACUGGCGAUGGAAGGAAUCCUCAACGAAAAAGAGGCCUGUGCCAGGGAGGCAGAGUUCGUCAAAGAAGACGCUGCCAGGAUCAGCAAGGACUGGGAGGAGAAGGUCCAAAACAUGAAGGAGGAAUACGAGACUCUGCUCAAAUCUUAUGAGAACGUGAGCGACGAAGCAGAGCGCGUGAGACGGGUUCUUGAAGCUGCAAGGCAGGAAAGACAGGAGCUGGCUGCUCGCGUGAGGACCAAUGAGUCCGCCAGGCAGGAAGCGGAGAAGCAGGUGGAAGAGGCGCAGAAAGAGGUCGAAACUGUCAAGGACAAAAUGAGGAAGUUCGUGAAGACAAAGCAGCAGAAGAUUUUGGAGUUGGAAGAGGAGAAUGAAAGACUCAGAGAGAUGAAAGAAACACCUUCUGUGAAACAUGAUAAUGUGGAUGUUGAAAGGCUCCAAGAUGAGCUGCAGGCUGUAAAAGCAGAGUUGCAAGGCAUCAUGGAAGAAAGAAAGCAGCUAGUGCAACAGAUUGAGAGGAUGAGAGAACAACCAGAAUCAAAAGGAGAAGGUGAUCCUGUGGCCCUGGAAGCUUCAGAAGUCACGGAUUCACAGAGCUCAGACGCGAUCAAGGCAGAGUUUGUUCCAGAUCUUCAUCAAGAAACCUCACCUCCAGAGGAGAGCGCAGCUGAGGUGAUGGCUCCAGCGGGUGAGGAGCAGAGAUCUGACAUGACUGAAGCAUCUCAGGUGUUACCAGAUGAGUUGGUACUGGGUGGUGAUUCUGAGAGGGAGCAGUGGCGGACUCAGGAGGCUGAGCUCAGAGCUACCUUGUCUUCUCUUGAGACAGAGCUGGGAGAGUACAAAGAGCGAGCAGGUCUGGUGGCUUCGCUGCAGGCUACCGUGCAAGAGUGCAAAGACAGAGAAAGCAGCCUGAUGGAGGACUUCGCUGAGAAGGAGGAAAAGUUGAAAGAGCUUCUGAGAAGCACUGAAACAGAGAAGGACAACCUGGAGGAGAGAUUGAUGAACCAACUUGCCCACGUCAACGGGAGCAUCGCAGGCUAUCAGCAGGAGGCCGCGGACAACCGGGAGCUGCUGGCCAAACUUCAGCGAGAGAUGGAAGCGCUGGAGAGAGAGAGAGCCGAGCUGGAGGUGCAGGCGCAGGACGAGAGAGCCCGGGCCGACCGGCUGGAGGAGGACGUCAGGCAAGCCCAGAGGCUGAGAGCAGAGGCUGAGGCAGAGGCCGGCAAGCAGAGGGAGCUGGAGCAGCAGCUGAGGUCCGCUCAGAGGGUGAGGGAGGGCAGCCAGAGCCGAGCGCGUCAGCUGGAGGAGCUGCUGCGAGAAAAGCAGAUGGAGGUCCGGCAGCUGCAGAGAGACUGCAUCCAGUAUCAGGAGCGUAUCAGCGAGCUGGGCAGGGAAACCAAGUCUCUGCAACUGGGGCAGGAUGAAACUCAGAGGAAGCUGGAGCAGGCGCAGCUGGAGGCCACCAAGAUCCAGGAGAACCUGAACAGGACUGAGGCAGAGUUGGUGAGCUGCAAGACAGACUUGAGUGAGGCUCGGAAGGAACUCAGCGACGUUGUGUCGGAGAAACAUGCAUUAGAGCAGACUGCACAAAAGAAAGAAACCUUGAUGAAAGCAGAGGCGGAGCAAACGCUGGACUCUGUGAGGUUCAGGCUUGGAGCGGAGCUCAAAGAGAUGGAGCUGCGGCUGGAGGAGGUGUUCAGUGAGAAAGAGAAGGAGGAGGACGCAAAGUUGGAGGCCAGAGAUGUGGCUGUGGCGGCGGAGAGGCGCGCUCAGGAAAUGCAAGCUCGCCUGGAUGAGUCUCUGGCCAGGUUAGCCGCCUUCUCCCGCUGCAUGUCUUCGCUCCAAGACGACCGCGACCGAGUUCUGGAUGAGACCCGGCAGUGGGAGACCCGCUUUAAUAACGCUCUGCAGGGGAAGGACGCUGAAGUUCGGGAGGCUGAGACACGUGCCAAGGAGCUGGCAGAGCAGCUGCAGAAAGAGUCUGAGCUCAAGGAAGAGCUUCGGACCGCCGUAACCAGGCUGGAGAAGGAAGAGCAAGCCUGGCACUUGAGACUGGACGAGGCAGAAGGGAACAAUAAAAUAAGUCAGGCUGUCCUGGAGGAGGAGACGGCCAAGCUUCAGCAAACUACAGCAGACCUGCUCUCAGCUAAAAAUGAAAUCCACAAGCUAAAAAAUGAGCUUGAGAGUGUUCAGCAGCGAGCUAAAGCUCUGGAGGAAGCAGUCGGUAAACUUCAGACUGAAGUGGAGCAAACCCGGAGGGAGCUGAACGACAGGGAGUCGGAGGAGAGGCGUCUUUGUCUGACGGUAGAGCAGCUGGAGAUGGACCUGCGCUCCUCAAAGACCCUGACGGAGAGUCUGCAGACGGAGCUGAAUGAGAAGGAGCAGAGAGAAGUGGACAUGCUGGUGGAGAAGGAGCAAGCGGUUGCGCAGGCAGCAGAGGAGGCAAGGAAGGAAAUGGAGAGUAGGGCACAAGGAGCGGAAGAGGAGUUGGAGCAGAGAAGAGGAGAGAUGCGAGAACUGGAAGAGAAACUGAGGAGAACGGCGGAGGAGAGCAAGAACAAUAAAGCCAGACUGGACUCCUUCACAAGUGCGAUGGGCUCCCUGCAGGACGACAGAGACCGGGUCCUGACCAUGUACAAGCAGCUUGAAGAGAAACACCUUCAGGUCAUGAUGGAGAAGGACGGUCUGAUCCAAGAGGCUGCGAGUGAGAACAAUGGCCUGAAAGAAGAGCUGCGUUCUCUGCUGGUCCAGAGAGAUGACCUCCAUGCUGAGAAGGGCAAACUCUCUGCUCAGCUUCACGGCUAUCGUGAGGAGCUCAACCAAGUGCUGAGCAUGAAGGACUCCCAGCACCGACAGCUUCAAGCCUCGCAGAGGGAGAAGAUUGCCUCUCUGGAAAAGGAGCGGGAGGAACUGGCGAGCCAGCUCCAGAGUUUUGUCCAGGCCAGAGAGAUGGAAGUGGGAGCAGGUCAUGUAGAAAGAGAGAUCCUGAGCAGGAGCGAGUCCCUGGUGGAUGCUCCUGGCGCAGAGGUGGAGAAGCUACGAGAGCAGCUGCAGGUGUCCCGGGAGCAGGUGGCUGCUCUGGAGGCCGCGCUUGAAGAAGAGCGGAGUGAGCAGGAGAGCCGCAGCAAAGAGCUCUCUGAGCUGCGAUGGGAAGGGGGCGUGAUGCGAACUGAGUCAGAGACGGCGCAGGAGAGGGUGGCAGAGCUGGCCCGAGACCUGUUGGCCGUGGAGCAGAAGCUGCUGGAGGAGAAGGAGUUGACGUCGAAUCUGACGGCAGAGAAUCAGUCCUUCGCUAAAGCGAUGGCCUCCCUGCAAGACAGCAGGGACCAGGCGGAAAACAGCGUCCGCCAACUGACUCGAAAGCUGGAUGAGAUGAGCAAAGCAGCGGCCGGGCACUCGGCGCCGAGCAGCCCCGGGGGGGCCACUGGGGAGGUGUGGGGUUUGAAGAACGCACUGCAGGCGCUCCAGAACGACCGAGAGAGACUGCUGGAUCAGCUUCAAUCGCAGAGCAAGCAGCUCACGAGUCAGAAGUCGGAGCUGGCGCGUCUGGGGGCUGGCGAGUUGAUCCAAGUCAGUCAGGAGCUGAUGGAAGAGAGGAGCGUGAAGGAGGAGAUGCUGCGCACCGUCACGCAGCUGGAGAACACACUGCAGGCCACCCAGCAGGAUGUGGAGAUGCUGAGGCUGGAGCGCCUUGACUGGAUGGCCCAGGCCGAGCAGCUGAAGCAGCAGACCCUCACCACGCUCACCGAACGGGACCAGCAACUGCGGCAGCUGAGCGCCAUGCUGGAGGAGGCCCGAAGCCAGAAGCCCAAGCUGCAGCAGGAUCACUACCUGAGAGAGGGCAGAGAGGAGGUGGACAGUGCCCCCGGAGCUCCUCAAGAGAAGAGCAGCCUGCCGGAGAGCUUCAGCUACAACACUGAGAUGAGAGAGCUGCAGCAAAGGCUGGAGGAGGAGGUCCAGCAGAGGAUGAUGGCGGAGGAGCAGCUGAUGGCUGCGCAGGAGCGACUCCGGCGUCAGGCCAAGUGGCAGCCAGAGGAGGAGCACUCGGAGACAGCUGUGUUCAUCGAGCCACAGGAAGGAGCCGUGACUCGGACUCGCAGAGGUGGUCGAGGGCUGACUAGGGUGGUGCGGGGGGCCUUGUGUUCCCGCCAGCGCACCCCACUGCUGCUGGGCCUGUACCUGCUGACGGUGCACGUGCUGCUGCUGCUCUGCAUGGGAGGCUACCUCUGAAGCCGAGCACCAACAUGAAGGGAACCAUGCACUUUAUCUAUCAGCCAAAGUAUCUGUGUGGGUGAGACCGAAGCGCGUAAGGGAUCCAGUCUGACUCUGACUCCGCCUGGCCGCGUCCGUACAGAGGGAGAGGGUCCGGUACUCCGGCUGACGCUCACUGUGCCUUUAGCUUCUCUUCUAAACCUGUCCAGGUUGAUGUGACGUUGCUGUUCACACGGGCUUCCUCUCCAUCUGCACCAGUUCGUCAACCCGACCUCACACCCUCAUCACUUUCUCACGCUCCAGUGACGCUGGUUCUGUUCGGGUCGAUCACAGAAGCGACUGCUGCCAGUCCUGAGGUGUGAGGCUCCUCUCUGUCAUUGUUCUUACUUGAGUAGGUGUCACAUUCUGUUGCCUCUCUGAGGGCAGAUUUUACAUGGCAUUAACACAUUGGUCAGUUUCCCUGAGGUGUUUCAUUUGGGGUUCGUGAGAUUAACUUUAUUAUUAGAUUGACUUAGUGCAAGGAUUUUGUUUUUUGUUUUUCAUGCACCUGAUAACGUCAGCCCACAAGGUGUGAGGGUCUUCUGCAGAGAGCACAGUGCAAUUUGUUGAUUUACAUGUGUCGAAGAGAGUUCUGAUGUGUGUCUGUCUGUCCCCGUGUGUGUGUGUGUGUGCGCGCCUGUCGGCCGGUCCUCGUGACUGGGAUUGUGUUGCACAGAUAUUGAGAGCUGCGAUGGAAACACAUUCCUCACUGGACACAGUCCAGGUGAAAGCUAUACUAUAUUAACUGAUGGUUUAUUGUCUGUCGCCUUUGCAGCAUCCAGUCACAGGAACAAUAGCUGUAAAUAGUUUUAAAGAGCAGGACAAACCUUUGCUAAGGACAGGGAAUCCAACUUCCUGUUUGACAAUGAUCUCACUUCCUCCUCUCUAGACCUUUGCAGCGGUGAGAGACACUAAUCAGCUGCUCUGUCGGGUGUUUCAGCUCAUGUUUUACCAAUAAAACCUUCACUGACUGAUGAAGCUGUAGUGCUUUCGUUAUUGAAGCUUGUAAGCAGCGUGGUGAUGUCAUCAGCAG